AUGGUCCACCUGGUACCGGUAAGACUUUUAGCUAGAGCUGUGGCUAAUAGAACUGAUGCGUGUUUCAUCCAUGUUAUUGGAAGUGAACUUGUUAAGAAAUAUGUUGGGGAGGGUGCCCGUCUAGUUCGUGAACUAUUUCAGAUGGCACGUUCCAAAAAAUCUUGUAUCGUGUUUUUUGAUGAACUAGAUGCCAUAGGAGGUGCACGUUUUGAUGAUGGUGUGGGUGGAGACAAUGAGGUUCAGCGCACUAUGCUUAAAAUUGUGAAUCAGCUUGAUGGAUUUGAUGCUCGAGGGAACAUCAAAGUUCUGAUGGCAUCAAAUCAACCAGACACUCUAAACCCUUCUAUUACUAGUGGAUCCGUGGUUGGUGCUAUUUGA